AAAUCGGGUUUAAUACACUUGUUGCCAAAGUUUAAUGGUCUUGCAGGUGAGGAUCCACACAAACAUUUGAAGGAAUUCCAGGUGGUGUGUUCUACACCAUUGAAGCCUGAAGGGAUCACUGAAGAUCAUAUCAAACUUCGUGCUUUUCCUUUUUCUUUGCAGGGUGCAGCGAAGGACUGGAUAUAUGAUCUCGAACCGAAUUCAAUCACAAGCUGGAAUGCUCUGAAGAGAGUGUUCUUGGAGCGAUAUUUUCCUGCAUCUAGAGCUGCUUCAAUCCGAAAAGAGAUAUGUGGUAUUAGAAAAGAUAACGAGUCAUUGGCUGAAUACUGGGAUAGGUUCAAGAAGUUAGUUUCAAGCUGUCCUCAACAUCAGAUUACCGAACAACUUCUCAUUCAGUACUUUUACGAGGGGUUGUUACCUAUGGAUAGAAACAUUCUUGAUGCUGCUAGUGGUGGAGCACUUGUUGACAAAACUCCAGCUGCUGCCAGGGCCCUCAUUGAAAAUAUGUCCUUAAAUUCCCAGCAGUUCACCACUCGAACCAAUUCUGUCCAAACCAAGGGUGUACAUCAAAUUCAAGGUUCCUCGAACAGAGCUUUAGAAACCAGACUUGAUGAGCUGACCGCUUUAGUCAAACAACUUGCAGUAGCGAAACCUCAAACAGCAACUGUAUGUGGCAUUUGUACAGCUCAUGAUCAUCUCACUGAUACUUGUCCUCUUCUGAAAGAUGAUACUGUUACCGAGCUGCCUCAAGCUUAUGCAGCCAACCUUUACAACCAGAACAGGUACAACAACACCCCUGACUUGUCCACCAACAAAUAUCACCCCAAUUGGAGGAAUCAUCCCAACCUUCGAUAUGGAAAUCAGCAGCCCUCACAAAAACAACUCGCCGUUCCAUUACCCCAGCCACAUCACAUCCCUCCAGCUGCUACUACUUCCGGGCCAUCCUUGGAAGAUCUUGUUAAACAAAUGGCCGUGAACAACCUUCAGUUUCAACAAAGAACCGACACUAGCAUUCAGACCUUGACCACACAGAUGGGACAACUUGCUACUCAAAUAAAUAAUAUGCAAGCUCAAGGUUCGAACCAACUUCCAGCACAAACUGUUGUCAAUCCGAAUGGUAAUGCUAAUGUGAGCGCUAUUUCUUUGCGAUCCGAAAAGUUACAGAAACAGCCCCUGAAAAGAAUAAAAAAAUCAUUGAGAAAAGGAGAAAUUCUGGAUAUGUUCAGGAAAGUAGCGGUAAACAUUCCGCUUCUUGAUGUGAUUAAGCAAGUUCCAAGGUAUGCAAAGUUUCUGAAGGAUCUGUGUACAAAUAAGAGAAAAGUGAAAGGAAGUGACAGAGUCAACUUGGGAAGAAGCAUCUCUGCUUUCAUUCAGCCUGAACAAAGUGUUUCGGCCAUCUCUCAGGUCUUGCCACAAAAGUGCAAGGACCAGGGAACUUUUACUAUUCCUUGUACCAUUGGGGAUAAGAAAUUUGAUAAUUGUUUGCUUGAUUUAGGAGCGGGCAUUAAUGUUAUGCCUACUUCUAUUUAUAAUAACCUUUGCCUUGGUCCCAUGCAGCAUACAUGUUUAAUCGUUCAACUGGCGAAUAGGAGCAAUGCACGUCCCACCGGCAUAGUGGAAGACGUCCUCGUUCAAGUUAACGAUUUAAUUUUUCCUGCAGAUUUUUACAUUCUGGACAUGGAAGGAGAAACUAAGUCAAGUAGAGCUCCCAUCAUCUUAGGCAGACCGUUCAUGAAAAUGGCGAAGACAAAAGUUGAUGUUGAUGAUGGAACCAUGUCCAUGGAAUUUGGUGACAUCGUCGCAAAAUUUAAUAUCUUCGAUGCCAUGAAACACCCUGUGGAGGAGCAUUUGGUUUUUAAUAUUGAGUUGAUUUCUGAACUAGUUGAU